CUUCUCUCUCUUCACACCACUCCCUUAUUCGAUGGCAAUCCUGCAAUAAGAACCUUCUUUUCUUUCUGACCAUCUUUUCCAAAGAGGUGGAUGAGAUGGAUUCCACAUGUGGUCGACAUCAUCGUCCCCAUUAUUAAUACCUCUUCUGCUACUGCUGCUUCUGCUCAUUUUGUAUGUCCAGCCCACUUGAGAUACAAUGCAGGAGAGUCUUCCUCCCGGCUUUAGGUUCCACCCCACCGAUGAAGAGCUCAUCACUUACUACCUUUCGAGAAAGGUGACGGAGUUGGGCUUCGCCACUGCAGCCAUUGCUGAUGUCGACCUCAACAGGUGUGAGCCAUGGGAUCUGCCGGGGAAGGCUAGCAUGGGGCAGAAAGAGUGGUACUUCUUCAACCUGAAGGACCGCAAGUACCCGACCGGGCUUCGGACCAACCGAGCGACAGACGCCGGCUACUGGAAGACGACAGGGAAGGACAAGGAGAUCCUCCACCGUGAGGUGUUGGUGGGCAUGAAGAAAACCCUAGUGUUCUACAAGGGAAGGGCUCCCAAGGGCGAGAAGACAGGUUGGGUGAUGCACGAGUACAGGCUCCACACCGGCUUCCCUUACAACGGCACCAAGGAGGAAUGGGUUGUGUGUCGGGUUUUUAAGAAGAGCUCGGCGGGGAAGAAGCCUCAACCAGACUCGCCUGCGCUGCUGGAGUCUCCAUGCGAGCUUGCAGGACUAAUUAAUGGCGUGCAGACAAACGAAAGCAUGUACCACAGCAACAGCAUGUUGGACGUGAACAUGUACAUGAACUGGGUGUUGGCUCCAUGGGCAUCAGGAUCGUUGGGUGCAGGUUUCGCACCGACUCAAGCAAUUUUGAGGGCACUGCAGUCGUAUGGGCAUAAACAGCCAGAGGGCAUGGAAACAGCAAGUUUAAGCUCUCUUGUGGGACAAGGAGAUGCUAUGUUGGGAAGUGGCUCGAGAUUGAGCUUCCCUGCCUCUUCAUCUACACGUGCGGAUUGUGCAGCAGGGCAACAACAGAUGCAGUCAUUCGACCAAGGAUCGAAUUGGAGAGGUUAUUGAGGAUUGCCAUUGUAGGAAGAACACAAGUGCUACUUCAUUUCAGAAUUCAAGCUCAAUAAAUAUGUAAUCUGUUGCACA